ACUGUUGAGCAGUAACUGAAGGACUGAGCGAGCGGCUGAAAUGUGGCUUUUGUUUGUGUGGUGAUUUGCGUCACAUCUCCAAGACGAUGCCGGAGCCGAACACCGAGAUCCCUCAAGGCCUCACGCGAGGUCCGCUGCUGGUCUUCUGCACAUGAUGCGCAUGAUGAGAGGCUGCUGAGACUGGAGUCACGGAGGACAAGAGCAUCCAUGCUGAGCACUGAAUAACUGUUCGGCCUAUGAACAUGUUAUUGAGGUUUACAGAAUAAAGAUGUCACCGUUGGUGUUGGCAGUCGGAGCGUGCUUAGCUGGGUGGGUCGCUCUGUAUGCUUUGCUGUGUUACACUAAUGGCUCUUGCAGCUAUGAAUGGAACUGUCGUCUAGUUACACUAUUCCAUGGCAUCCUUGCAGUCUGUAUAACUGCUUAUAUUGGAUACAUAGAUGGACCAUGGGCAUUCACCUACCCAGGUACAAAGAACACACCCAUGCAGAUCACUGCCAUGGUGGUCAGUCUCGGUUACUUCAUCUUUGACAUGGUCUGGUGUGUGUACUUCCGUACAGAAGGCCUGGUGAUGCUUGCCCAUCACACCAUGAGCAUCUUGGGUAUAAUGCUAACACUAUGGCUGGGCGAGUCGGGUAUCGAGUCCUGCGCAGUGCUGUUUGGUAGUGAGAUCACUAACCCCCUCCUCCAGACUCGUUGGUUCUUGAAACACUCUGGCCGCUAUGACAGCUUCCUUGGAGAUGUGGUGGAUGUUCUGUUUGUGCUGUUGUUUGUGUUCAUGCGGAUAUUUGUUGGUGGCAGCAUGUUGUACUGUGAGCUGAUCUCUCCGAGACCCAAGUUCAUCAUUAAAUGUGGUGGUGUGGCCAUGUACAUCCUAUCCUGGGUGUUUAUGGCUGACAUUGCCCGUUUCGUAUACCGCAAAUCCCAGUCAAAAUACAAGCUCUGGAUGGAUCAACAGAGAAUGGCAGGUGUCAACAGGCAGGAUGUGAAGAGAGACUGAAAGAUCUCAUAUGCAACCAGCUGAUCGGCCUCAUUCCCGGCCUCAUUAAGUGUUUAAUGAGAACAUACCAGCUAAUACAGUGCUACAGCUAAUGUUUUGAUGUUUACAUAUUUUUUAAACAAUAUCAACCAAUAAAAAGUUGAUUUAUGGUUUUUAAAUUUAAACAUUCAAUAUACACAUGGGAAAGCAUCUGUGCUGUAUUAAAGCCCUUAAUAGUUUUCAAUGUUUUAUUAUUUGCCAUUAUGAAUGAAUAUUGACAAAAAUCUUACAGUCAAAUUUAAAGCGAUAUAUUUGUACUCAUGAGGUUUAAAGUGUUUAAACUGCUCAGUAAUAUUUGAUAUUUUUGUAAACAGGUGUAUUACUUGUGAUAAAUGAAUUGUUACUAUUAAUGUUGCUAGUACAUUCUUUUUCAUUAAUUUUUAGUGUUAAUUUGAAAAAUUCAGAAAUUACCAAGAAACACUACUAAAUGUUGUGUGUAAGAUUGCUAAAUAAUUUGUGGAAGAUUAAUGGCUCGAAUGGCAAAACAAAUCCAGAGAGAAUAACAAAAUAUCUGUUUUGUACUCGUUUUGAAAUUGUUGAGUGAAGGCUUUUGGGGCCUGUUUGCAUCAGUUAAUCCGCUGUCAUGGUGAUCUGACCACACCACUGGAUGAAAUCAAUAAACA